AGAAAAGUAAGUAGCUGUGUAUGAAAUGAGUUGAGCUCGCCCCAAGCCUUUUUGUUUCCCGGUGGGGUUACCCGAAAUAUCAGGAUCGUGCAGAUUUCGACACGUGGACCCACGCUUAUAAUCGGAUGCAAACCUAUUUAUAUUCCACUCUUUAUUCCUCUUUUCUGGUCCGCCCUCUCUCUCUCUCUCUCUUCUCUCUUUCUUCCUCAACGUCGUUCUUGUUUCUCACUCCUGUAUCCUCAAACCCUAGAACCCUUCUCCCCUCCAUCCUUGACCCGAUUUCAUGAUUCGGUUCUUUAACACCUUAGAUUUUCUCUCCUGAGCAUUUACUUUCCCAUUCUGUUUCCCGGAGAAAAUCCAGCUUGGAUUCGUUAUUUUCCGAAACAUCGUCGGAGUAGUAGGAGGAGGCGGUGGAGGAAGGAAUCAUCGAGAGAUAAAUGGCGACUGCAACGAGCAGUGUGUAUGUUAGUGUUAUCGAAGAUGUUGUCAGCAAGGUCCGCGAAGAGUUCUUGAACAACGGUCCCGGAGAAGACGUUCUAAAAGAGCUUCAAGGAAUGUGGGAAACGAAAAUGAUGCAAGCGGGUGUAGUAAAUGCCCCCAUAGAGAGGUCCGGUGCUGCGAAGCCCACGCCUGGAGGUCCAAUUACUCCAGUUCAUGAUCUCAACGUACCAUAUGAGGGGACUGAGGAGUAUGAAACCCCUACAGCUGAGAUACUGUUCCCUCCGACUCCGUUGCAGACUCCGAUUCAAACACCUUUACCAGGAACUGCUGACAUUUAUAAUAUUCCCACCGGUCCUAGUGACUAUUCUGCAUCUGGAAAUGAUAAUGGUGGCGGUGGUGCUGGCACACCUAGCAGUGGCAACACUGAGCUGAAAUCUGCUACUGGAAGACCCAGUCCAUACAUGCAACCUCCUUCAUCUUGGAUGAGCCAGCGGCCUCCACUAGAUGUUAACAUUGCUUAUGUUGAAGGGCGGGAUGAAGUGGACAGAGGAACUGCUAAUCAAUCUUCCACACAAGACUUCUUCACUAUGAAUUCUGGUAAGCGGAAACGUGAAGAUCUUCCUCCACAGUACCAGGCUGGUGGCUUUGUCCCCCAGCAAGAUGGAGCUGGGGAUACCCCUGAGCUUUUUGAGAUUGAGGUAAUGGGUGGAACCACUUUUCAUAGUAGAGGUGGGAAUAAUGAGAUGGUAGAGCGCAUGCUUAGGUCAUCCUCAAAGAUUCCUCAACUUGAUGGGCCGAUUCCUGAUCCUUAUGAUGAUGUGCUUUCUACUCCCAAUAUAUACAAUUAUCAAGGAGUCUAUAAUGAGGACUACAACAUAGCAAACACACCUGCACCCAAUGACAUUCCAGCCAGCACUCCUGCUAUUCCUGCUCCAGAAGAUGUUGGAGAGGAUGAUGAUGAUGAACCUCCAUUGAACGAAAAUGAUGAUGAUGAUUUGGAUGAUGUGGACCAAGGAGAAGAGCUAAAUACACAACAUUUAGUUUUGGCCCAGUUCGACAAGGUUACGCGCACCAAGAGCAGGUGGAAAUGCACUUUGAAGGAUGGCAUUAUGCACAUAAACAAUAAAGACCUUCUCUUUAAUAAGGCAACAGGGGAAUUCGACUUCUGAAUCUGAUUAGCCGAAGAUAUAUAUGAGUUUCGCCUACAUAGUGGAUGUGGCCAGCCUUAGAGGAGAACAAGGGGAUGGAGCGGUGUGGUUGGAUGUUUAGGUGACUUUUGUUUCUUGAUUAUAUAUUAAGUGAAAAGCUUGAGGCAAGAGAAAAAAAAAACUUGAUUAGUACUUUUUUAUUAAGAUUGGGAUGGACGUUGGCCUGGUGUACAUAAUGAAUGAGCUUUUUCGGCCUAAGUGGAUGGUCGCUCGAGGCAUUUCCAGAAGUUGAAAUUCUGUAAUGGAAUAUUAUAUCAUUCCAUGGACUUCGUAUACUUGGGGACUUUUGUUUUUUUUUUUUGGGGGGGGGGGGGGGGGGGGGGGGCGGUUAAUUUAUGAAUUGAAUUACUCAUCAUCUACCCUAUUUUUUUCUUCUUAUUGCGCGGCCUUAUAUAGGACCGUUUCUGUGACUCUAUUCUAAUUCUAGGAAGCUUUUGCUUUCAUUUGGUC